AAGCCUUAACCGGAAGUUUAACAAACCUUUUCCCAGGUGAUUGUGUAGCCUAUGGUGGAAGGCAUAAAUAAGUUCUGAAUGGAGCAUUUCGAGAAAGAUUUAGUUGAUGCGCUUAAAGACAUUGUCAAGGCAGGAAACUGGCAGUGUGUGGGAGACAAAUCUGAAUUUAAGUCACCAUGCACGAAGUUUUACUCAGAUGACGGAGAGCAUAUAGUGCUGGUGCAUACAGAGGAUGAUCGAUUCUGGGCUAUGGACUCAUCGUGCCCACAUGAAGGUGGCCCACUUGAGCAAGGGGAUAUUGAGGAUCUGGGCAAUGGGAAACUGGCAUUGAUUUGCCCAUGGCAUUACUUCGAUUUCAGCCUUGAAACUGGUUCCUCUUCCUCUGGCCUACAGAAUCAAGUGUAUGAUGUGCGUGUCCUGGAUGGAAAAGUGUAUAUAAACACUCAAAACACACUGUCCCUCUGUCCCAUCCCAGUGACAAAGAUAACCCACCAAGACAGUUUGCCCAUGGAAAUAAACUCUGCUGAAAACACCCUUUGCAUGUGGGCCACCAAAAUCCUUCACACACCAGACCCACAGGAAAAGGUUUCACUGACCAAGAUGGUACAAGAUAACUGGAACAGUGGGAAAAUAACAGAAACCGGGAAGGCUAGCCCUCCUGCACAGCCCAGCAGAAAAGACAAUCUGACUGUCGUGGAGCCUGGAAAAAUCAAACGGGGCAAAGGCGGCACUUUGGCGAGUCGGAUUGCCUUACUGCACUCUCUUGCUAAUAUAGAGCAGUGGGCAAUAGACCUGUCCUGGGACGUGAUAGCGAGAUUUUCUACUUUUAGAUUGAGCACUGGAGAGCCAUUACCUCACCAGUUCUUCGAUGACUUUGUCAAAGUUGCGGGAGAUGAAGCUAAGCAUUAUCAGUUACUAGAGCAAAGGAUUACAGAACUUGGCAGCUUCUUUGGUGCUCUGCCAGUCCACAAUGGUUUAUGGCAGUCUGCAACAGAUACAUCUCAUGACGUUUUGUCAAGAUUAGCUAUAGUGCACAUGGUUCAUGAGGCCAGGGGUUUAGAUGUUCAUCCUCAGACGCUGUCUCGCUUCGCCGCGCAGGGAGACCAGAGCUCGGUGAAGGUGUUGGAGGUGAUUUAUGCAGAUGAGAUCACACAUGUGGCUGCCGGGCUGAGAUGGUUUACAUACAUCUGCUCAAAAGAAGGAAAAGACUCCCUGAAAACAUUUCAUGAAUUAGUGAAGCUGCAUUUUAAAGGAUUUCUGAAGCCUCCUUUCAACACAGAAGGACGGAAGUCAGCAGGGAUGACAGAGGAGGUAAACACAUUCUACUUUAAUUUAACAUACUGUAACUUAAAGCCUAUGAUAGUGUUUGAUGAUUUAUAUCUCCCUUUUUACCUGCAGUGGUAUGUUCCUCUUGUCAAGCCCUCCAGCACACAGAAGAAUACUUGAUUGUUUUUAUUCAAAUGAAAAGCAGCGUCAUAUUCUAAAAAACAGACUCUAAUUGUAGAGCCUGUCUGCAUAAUGACACACUCUGAAAGUACAGAAAUCACUGAAUGAAUCUGUGAACGAUGUUUUCCACAGCAACCACUAUUUACUGUUUUUCUUUUGUCUUUUAUGUUGCAUACUGUAAUCAGUGAACUUUCAUGAUGUGCUAUGGGAUUUUGCUCUCGCUGACUGACAGGGGGCGCCGACGGCCUGUUUGCUGUCAGUGUAAACGGUGCGGUUUACACUGCUCAGAAGAAAUGCUUAGUUUGAUAUAUUUUGUUGAGUAUUUUAUCUUAAUUUAAAAAAUUUUUUAGCUUAUUCCUAAUGUUGAAAAGCACGACCAUUCUAGAACAACACAUGUUGAAACAUAUCUGACGUAGUCUGUCUGUAUCAUUUCAAAUUUCUUUGAAAACAAAAAAGUUAAUGGACGUUUUUAAGAAUUCUGUCACAGAUGGAUAAUAAACACUCAGUUUUAUGAGUGAA